AAGUGAAGAGCUGAUAUGGUGCACAGUGUCUGUAAUUAGAACCGAAAGAUAAAGAUGAACGGGAGUUUAAAACAAUUAGGAUUGACAAGAACAGUAAGGAAGUAUGAGAGGGUAAAAGAAAGGGAACCCAUUCCUAACGGUGUUUUGGCAAUUAAACAAGGUUUGCAUCAUGUCAAUGAUGCGACCAAAAUCGGAUAUAUAAAUGACAAUCGGAUUUUACAUAACAGCGCUAAAACUAAUAUAUCGCAGAAACAUGCACCUGAAAAACACAUGAAAGCCAACGGGGAGUUACAUGCAGUAGAUAGAGACUGUGGUGCGACAGGUGUAGAAAAACACGAGGACAUUGCUAGUGAUGCGACACUUGAUUCCAAUGGAUUACAUUCAAAUGAUUCCGAAGUAGAUGGAUUAAACAUCUGUUUCUACAAACUAAAAUGUAUGGCAUUGGACCAAAACAGAAUGAACCAUUCCAAAGUUCACGUGGACGAAAGUGAGCCUUCUGGUCACGAGGAGGCUCCGUUCGACGCGCGUGACGUCAAAGUACGUAACGGCUGCUGGAUCACGGACGAAUACGAUGUGUCCGACGUUCUACUCGGCAGGGGUAAAUUCGGCGAGGUAAAGCAGUGUCGUGAGCGGAAGACGGGGCGCGACCUGGCGGCGAAGUUCAUCGAGAUCAACGGGCCCACAGACCGGUUUGACGUCCAGAAUGAGAUCGAAAUGAUGAAAUGUCUGCAACACCCGCGUCUCCUGCAGCUCUAUGACGUGUUUACAAAGCGGAAUAUCUUCUGCCUCGUCUUGGAGUUGGUUUCGGGAGGCGAGCUGUUCGACCGCGUGAUCAACGACGAUUUCAUCCUCACAGAGAAGGCGUGUGUGAUGUUCGUCCGUCAGAUAUGCGAGGGCAUCGAGUUCAUGCACAACAACAGCAUCCUCCACCUAGAUCUCAAGCCGGAAAACAUAUUGUGUCUAACAAGGGGAGGUAACCGCAUCAAGAUCAUCGACUUCGGUUUGGCGAGACGCUACAACCCAAAAGAGGACUUGCGCAUCCUGUUUGGGACCCCAGAAUUCAUGGCUCCGGAACAGGCGAACUUUGAACCCAUAUUUCCAGCCACGGACAUGUGGAGUAUCGGAAUUAUAACGUAUAUAUUAUUAUCCGGACUCUCGCCGUUUCUCGGCGAAAGCGAGAACGAGACAAUCGGGAACAUCACGGAGGCGAAAUGGGACUUCAAGGCUGAAGAAUUCGAGAGCAUCUCAGCUGAGGCAAAAGACUUCAUUACAAAACUCAUCCACAAAGAUCACACAAAAAGAAUGUCGGCUAGCGAAUGUCUGGAACAUAAAUGGUUGAGGCGUUCCGCAAAAAGGGAGAGGAUUCCUACCCGGUCAUUGUCAACAAAACGUUUGAAGAAGUUCGUGUACAGGCGGAAGUGGCAGAAAGCAGUUAACGCCAUGUUGGCUUUGAAGCGCAUGGGCGUCAAGUUGUAGACGUCACUUCCGGGAUCAAGGAUCGGAUUUCAUCAAUCAAUCAUCGCCCAUUCAUCCUGCUAUCCUUCCGACCCGUGUUCAGAGAUUUAUAUGCGUUACAUUUUUAGCUCACCUGAACACAACGUGCUCAUGGUGAGCUAUUGUGAUCGCAUUUUGUCCGUCGUCCGUCGUGCGUCGUGCGUCCGUCGUCCAUAUUUGCAUUGUGAACACUCUAGAGGCCACAUUUAUUGUCCGAUCUUCAUGAAACUUGGUCAAAAUAUUUGUCCCAAUAGUACCUCGACCAAGUUCGAAACUGGGUCAUGCUGGGUCAAAAUCUAGGUCACUAGGUAAACAAAUAGUAAAACCUUGUGAACGCUGUAGAAGUCACAUUUGAUGCCAAAUCUUCAUGUAACUUUGUCAAAAUGUUUGUCUUAAUGAUAUGUUGGUUGAGUUAAAAAAUGGUUUCGGUCCAUUGAAAAACAUGGCCGCCAGGGGGCGGGGCAGUAUUCCUUAUAUGGCUAAAGAGAAACCUUGUGAACACUCUAGAAGUCACAAUUUUUGCCCAAUCAUCAUGAAACUUGGUCAAAACAUUGGUUUCAUUGAUAUCUCGGACGAGUUUGAAAAUGGUCGAGAUCGGUGAAAAAUCAUGGCCGCCAAGAGGCGAGGCAGUUUUUUUCUAUAUUUAUUUAGUGAAAACAUGCGAUCGCUCUAGAAGUCACAUUUUUGGUCCAAUCUUCAUGAAAUUUGGUCAGAACAUUUAUUUCCUGAAUACGACGGUUGAGUUUGAAAAUGGUACGGAUCGGUAAAAAAACAUGGCCGCCUGGGGGCAGGGCAGUUUUGCUAAUAUGGCUAUAGUUAAACCUUGUUUACACUCUAGGAGUCACAUUUAUUGUCCAAUCUUCAUGAAACUUGGUCUGAACAUUUGUUUUUAUGAUAGCUAGGCUGAGUUUGAAAAUAGUUUUGGUCUGUUGAAAAAUAUGGCCGCCAGGGGGCGGGGCAGCUUUGCUUAUAUGGCUAUAGUGAAACCUUGUUAACACUCUAGAAAUAACAUUUAUAGCCCAAUCUUCAUGGAACUUGGGCCGAGGAUUUGUUGUAUUGUUGUAUUGAUAGCUUGGCUGUGUUCGAAAAUGCUUACGGUUUGUUGAAAAACAUGGCCGCCAGGGUAGCGGCAGUUUUCAUAAUAUGACUAUAUUAAAACCAUGUUAACACUCUAGUUGUAAUGCGGAUGUUGGUGCACAAUGAUGAUGAUGAUGAUGAUGAUGAUGAUGAUGAUGAUGAUGAUGAUGAUGAUGCUGAUGAUGAUGAUGAUGAUGAUGACGAUGAUGAUGAUGAUGACAACAAGAAGUGUUACAUAUGAAUCUUAUUUGACUUUUCAUUCACUUAUCCUAGGCUACUUUCUAUAAAACUCAUUUAUACCUGUGCCUGCAUUGUUGCCAGGUGGUAAUUGUGUAACACUCCUGGAAAUUGACCCCAAUUAACUGGGCACUUUCAUCGAAGACAUUUGUGUUGAUGUCAGAUGGAAACCAUUCAUUAGAUAGAUAAGACAUUACAAGCUUGAAAUGUUUUACCCCUACAUUUUUCAGUUAGUCAGUAGUUUGUGUGUGAUUAUGAAAGAUUUGUGAUUUUAGCAGGUUUUAUUGUUGUUUCAAUUGGAAAUAUCAAUACUAGGUGAGUCCUUAAAUUGACCAAGUUGUUUAAAAACACUUUGUCAAAUAUGUGAACAAUUUGGUAGUAAAAAAACAACAACUUAUCUCAUCUUUUAAGAAGCAAAAACAGCUGUUUGAAGAAAAGUUGAUUUGCAUUAGUUUUUGCAAAAAUAAUGUAUUUAUGCUACAUAUUUUUUGUGCAUUUAAAUUACAAAUAGUUUGAUAGUUGUUUUGAUAUGAUACAUUUUCAAAUGUCGUGUGUGUGUUUACUUCUAUAUUUGCACACAUUUAUAACUAUAAGAAAGAUCAAGUGAUGUUUUGUUCUAUAAAAGAAGAUCAAUAUUGAAUUUCUAGUAUCUGUACAUAUUCUCAUACUCAUUUACCUUUUUAUAACUGACUUUGAUAUAUGAUAACAAUUCAACAUAAUUUAUUUAAUUAUGCAAAAACUAUUUUACAAAAAACACAAUCUCUUUAACAAAUACGGUUGUUUUCAGUAUCUAAAAGUGUUCUUGCUAAACAGAUUCUAAACAGUCAUCCCCUAUAAGAUGCUGAGAUGCUUAUCUCAUGAUCUCAAAUUUGGACAAAAAUUUGUUGAAAAAUGUAUUUCCAUUUUCUUUUGCUGAUGCUCAUUAUUAAAUAACGGUCCUCAUAUUACUUUUAUCCAAAAUAAUAGCUUUGUCGCAACGGGUAACAAAUGUCUAUUUAAAAAAAAUUAAACGCACACACACAAAAGUACUGAUAGCGCAUAUAUGUAUAUAUCUGCCGAAAAAGCAAACCUUUUCUUUUCACAAAACAACCUUAACAACCCUUGUUUCCUGGAUACGACGGUUGAGUUCAAAAUGGUUUUGAUCCAUCUAGUAACAUGACCGCCAGGGUGGGAGGUCCUUUUCCUUAUAUUUAUAUACUGAAAAAGCCUGUGAACACUCUUAAAAGUCACAUUUUUUGGACAAUCAUCAUGAAACUUGGUCAAAACAUUGGUUUUAUUUAUAUGUCGGAUGAGUUUGAAAAUGGUCGUGAUCAGUGGAAAAACAUUGCCGCCAGGGGAUGGGGCAGUUUUCUCUAUAAUUAUGUUUGUAAGACGCAUUUUCCUUAUAUAUAUAUUUUAAAAAAUCUGGGUAUUAAAAACAUGGCCGCCAGGGUGGAUGGGGUAAUUUUCUAUAUAGGCCUAUUGUGAAUACUUUGGAACACCUUAUUUUUAAAGUCAGUCUUGUCAUAAUAAUAACUUAAAAUAUUUGCUGAAGAGUUUUAAUCUUUGUUUCUUUCCAUCUAAGUCUCUCAGGUGAGCGACCCAGGGCUCUUUGGGGCCUCUUGUUUACUUUUAUAUUCUACUCUUCAUAUCAAUGAACAAAAGUGUCAUGUCGACGGUUUUUAUAUUACGACUACACAUAGUUUAUGAUUCUGGUUAAUGUAAGUAUUGUGCAACCCAGAUUAUAGAAGUGCAAACGCCUUGCUUGUUUACUAGUAUGCAUUCCUUUUAAUUAGAGAUCGAAUGUAAACAAAUAUUUAUAAAGACCCAUUCCGAAUAAACAAUGUAGCUAUUUGAUCCAAUGGUUUGCGAAUGAGAUUGUUGAAUGUAGGUGUCAGUCCCAAAUAAUAAAAGCAGAGUUAAUGAACAUGCCGUAACGUUAUUGCAAAAUGAUCGGUUUUAAUGCAAAUUGUUUACUUGCUAGUUUAUUUAAUGUCACUAGACAAGCGCGGUAAUAAAGGAAUUUAUUUUUAUUUUACCUCACCCAAGCACAACGUGCUAUUGGUCAGCUUUUGUGAUCGUCAUUUGUCCUUCGUGCGUCGUACGUCACUGUCGUCAUUAUUUACAUUGUCAACACUCUAGGGGCAACAUUUUUUGUUAAAUCUUAUUGAAUGUCGGUCCGAGCUUGUCAAUAGAAUCGUGAACGUGUUCCAAAAUGGUUCAGGUUGGUUGAAAAUCAUGGUCGACAGGGGACGGGUCAGUUUUGCUAGUAUGGCUAUAGAAAAACCCUGUUAACACUCAACAAGUCUCAUUUAUUUCCAAUCUUCAUAAAACUUGUUCAGAACAUGUGUUCUAAUGAUGUCUUGGAUAUGUUGAAAAAAAACAUGGCCUCCAGUGGGCGUGGUAAUUUUUGGUAUAUGGCUAUAGUUAAACCUUGCAAAUACUCUAGAAGUAACAUUUUAGCCAAAUCUCUAUGAAACUAAAACUUGGCCAUAACGUGGGCCCCAAUUAUAUCUUGAACAAUUAGACAAUGGAUCCGGUUGGUUUAAAAACAUAGCCGCCAGGGGCGGGGACGUUUUCCUUAUAUGGCAUUAGUAAAAAUUUGUUUACACUUUAGAAGUCCCAUUAUUGCCCAAUCGUCAUGAAACUUAUUCAGAACAUUUUUUGUAAUGAUAUCUUGGAUUAAUUCGAAAAAGGUUCCGGUCUGUUGAAAAACAUGGCCACCGGGGAGCGGGGCUUUUUACCGUAUACGACAAUAGUAAAACAUUGUUAACACUCUAUAAUUUACAUUUUCAGUCCAAUCUUAAUGAAACUUAGUCGGAACAUUCGCUGAAUGAAAGCUCUGAUGUGUUCGAAAAUGGUAAUGGUUCGUCAAAAAACAAAGCCGCCAGAGGGCGGAGAAUGUUUAUCUAAUAUAACUAUCGUGAAACCGUGUUAACUCUUUAGAAGUGAAAAUGGUAUUGCUAUCAAAAUAAAAGUUAGGCAGAACACUUGUUAUACUGACUUCUCGGUCGAGUUCGAAAAUUCGUCCAGUUUGUUGAAACAAAUGGCCGCCGGUGGCCGGGGCGAUUUUCCGUAUAUUGUGAUGGUGAUCACUUGUUGACGCUAUACAAGCCACAUUUAUUAGACAAUCUGCAUGAAACUUGGUGAGAACAUUUGUACAAUUUAAAUAUCGGCUGAGAUCAAAACCAGGUCGUGUGAGCUCAAAACUAGGUUAUACGGUCAAAUAAAAAAAACAUAUUAUUAUUCUUGAAGUCACCUUUUUGUUGAAUCUGUAUUAACAAUCAGCUCGCACUUUCUCAGACUAGUCUAGUUCAUUUUGAUCUCAGGUGAGCGCUCGAGGGUCCUUGAACCUCUUGUGUGGUAAACAAAUUUGAGAGAAAAUUAUUUUUUUUAAUCUGAAAGGCCUGUGUCGGCAAAUAGUGAUGAUUUAAUUCAUGAUUAUGCAUGAAAACGAAAUUGUUUAUUUACCAGUUUGAAAUCUAAAUUGAAACUCAUAUGCUAUUUAUUCUGUACGGAUGUACAUAGCAUUUUGACUUGUAUGCGUUAUGAAUACGAACUAGUAUGAAUUUCAUAAGUGAAAACCUCCUUCACUAAAUAAACGCCGAUAUAUUGUAAUCAUAUGCACGUAUUAAGUACACUAGUUAUUACCCAUCGACCUUGUGUUAUACACAUGUUAACACAUAUAAUCAUGCUUCACCCAACAUUUGUGAUACGAUAUUAAUGUCGCUUAGGUGUGUAUAUGGGUCGUGCUCUGUGAAAAGGGGAUGCAAUACAUGUGCGUAAAGUGUCGUCCAUAUUAGCAUGUGCAGUCCACACUAGCUAAUCAGGGGCGACACUUUCCGCUUUAUGAUAUUUUUCAUUAAAAGAAAGUCUCUUAGUUAAAAUGCAGUUAAGGUGGAAAGUUUCGUCCCCGAUUAGCAUUUGCGGACUGCACAUGCUUAUAUGGGACGACACUUUGCGCACAUGUAUUACAUCCCCUUUUCACAUAUAUAUAUAUAUAUAUAUAUAUAUAUAUAUAUAUAUAUAUAUAUAUAUAUAUA